AUGGAUGAGCUACUAUCAUCUCUAAUUAACUUUCAAGUAAAUGAAAAGUUAAAAAACAAUGGUAAUAUUAGUGAUAGAUUAUUAUAUAUAGUUUGGAAUAAUAUAUUUUUAAGAAAUGAAAUUCAUAAACAUAUUUUAAAGUUUAUUGGACAUAGUGUUGAAGAAUUUGAUAGAUCACGUUAUGACCAGUUUAAAGAUAAAUCAUAUAUAACAACACUUAAGUGGCAUGGUGAUACACUACCAGAUAAAAAUGAAUUUCCGCCAUUUUUGACAAAUUUAUAUUUGAACUAUUUUAAUAAAAUGUUAACUCCAACAACUUUACCAAAUACAAUUACCACACUCACAUUCGGUAUUGAUUUUAACCAAGUAGUUAAACCGGGCACAUUACCAAAUAAUCUCACAACACUCACAUUCGGUAAUGAUUUUAACCAAGUAGUUAAACCGGGCACAUUACCAAAUAGUCUCACAACACUCACAUUCGGUAAUGAUUUUAACCAAGUAGUUAAACCCGGCACAUUACCAAAUAGUCUCACAACACUCACAUUCGGUGGUGAUAAUUUUAACCAAGUAUUUAUACCCGGCACAUUACCAAAUAGUCUUACAACACUCACAUUCGGUGAAUAUUUUGAUGAGGUAAUUUUACCCGGCACAUUACCAAAUAGUCUCACAACACUCAAAUUCGGUCGUAAUUUUUGCCAAGUAAUUCCACCCGGCACAUUACCAAAUAGCCUCACAACACUCAAAUUCGGUUAUUUUUUUAACCAAGUAGUUCCACCAUGCACAUUACCAAAUAGUCUUACAACACUCAAAUUCGGUGUUGCUUUUAACCAAGUAAUUCCACCUGGCACAUUACCAAAUAGUCUCACAACACUCAAAUUCGGUUAUUUUUUUAACCAAGUAGUUCCAUGCACAUUACCAAAUAGUCUUACAACACUCACAUUCAGUCAUUGUUUUAACCAAGUAAUUCCACCCGGCACAUUACCAAAUAGUCUUACAACACUCACAUUCGGUUAUGAUUUUAACCAAGUAGUUCCACCCGGCACGUUACCAAAUAGUCUCACAACACUCACAUUCGGUCAUCGUUUUAACCAAGUAGUUCUACCCGGUACAUUAUCAAAUAGUCUCACAACACUCACAUUUGGUGAUGGUUUUAACAAAGUAAUUCCACCUGGCACAUUACCAAAUAGUCUCACAGCACUCACAUUCAACAAUAAAUAUAACCAAGUAUUUCUACCUGGCACAUUACCAAAUAGUCUUACAGAACACGGAUACAGUUCAUAUAAAAGGGUAUUUAUAAAAAUAUAA